AAAAUGGUUUGAUUUGGCCCGGAAAAUGGUAUUGAUACAGAUCUAAUGCUAUUGAAUGAAUUGUAGAUGGGUAUCGCUGUGAAUUGCUGGUAUUAGGCAGGUAUUAUAGUAGUGGGGUCGCUCCUCCCGCCAUCCCGCCAUCCCGACGCCAAUGCUAUCAUGCACACAUCCACCAGGAUCCUGCCGCUAGUCAUGGUGCUCAUUCUUGCUGUCCUUGCCUUGGAGUGUCGAAGAAGAGCUGACCUGCACAAUGACACUCACCUGCGCUGUGGCCUUUCAUUUGUAUUCCUGGUCACGUACCUCCUUGAUACUGGUAGACAGAUUGUUCCAGUAGAGUGCGAAUGCAGCCGGUUCACACUGGUGACCAAGUAUUGAGACAUCUAAAACUUACAGUGGAUUUUUUAUCUAGCGAGCGCAGUUGAAGUUAGUACCAAAUUGAUGCAAUGCAAGGUGCACAUUUGACUCACCUCUAUGUUGGCCGUUUCCUUAGCAUUUCCUUUGUCGGUACUACAUAGCGGCGAUAGUGCUGGUGCUGAUCCACAUUCAGACGGCAGGUGCCACAGAACGUCUGA